AUGGCAGGUGCGACUUGGAAUGCACCGAGGGAAGGGUGGGGUGACUUGUACACGCCUCGAUGGGUCAAAGGGCGAGGCGCGGAGAAGAUGGGAUUAUGCGGGAUCUGUGUUGAGCCGAGGGAACGGGGCGGGGAAGGUCGGGUUGUGUGGCUUGCCAUGAAGUUCAGCGCGUACAACUACCAUAUGCAAUACGGCCACGGAAUCAGUGCACACACUACAAGACCGUUCAGUCCUCCGCUGGCCUUCCGCGAUGUGACCAGGCCAAAUCCGGCCAAAGGCGAAAAAGGGUCUGUGACGGUGGGCAUGUGCCAUCAUUGCAGAAAGUGGGUGCCCGUCGAAGGAGUCAAGGAUGUCCAAGUGAAGGUCCCAGAGCUAUUUUGGUGGAAACAUGCUGCAGCGUGUCAUGGUGCGAGUACGAUUGAGGGCUGA